GGCACAGAAAGAACAUCCAUGGACAAGAUGUUAUUGGAAGGUGACACAGAACGACAUGAGGAAGAGGAGUUUGAAGACAGCGAGAACAGUCAGGGUGUGGAGAGGGUGCAUGUCAUGUUGAGAAAGGCCUCGAGGAUCCCUAUCCGAGGCCGACGCAAGGUCAGGAAUUCAUACUCAAAACAAGAUUUCAGCAAACCCACCCCCUUGUACAAGGAACCUGAUGUCCUCAAAGCCAUGCCACCAGACAUGAAGACUGAUAUUUUUCAAGCCCCACCCACAAACCUUGAACCUGACAUUUUCCAAGCCCCAGACUUGCAUCAAAAUAGAAACCCCUUCCAGUCCUCACUCAUGGACACUAAGCCUGAUGUCAUCCGGGAAUCAUCUUCAGUUAUAAAACCUGACAUUUUCCAGGUGAAUCCUUCAGAUCUGAAAGAAGAUAUCUUCCACGCCCCACCUUCAGAUCUGAAACGUAACAUUUUCCGAGUUACACCGUCAAACCUGAAAUCUAAUGUUUUCCAGUCCAAACCUUCAAAUCAGCAUCCUGACCUCUUUCAGGCCACAUCUGCAGAUGCUAACCCUGAUAUUUUCUUGACAUCUCCAUCAAUUCCUAACAACAUCCAGGUCACACCCUUGGACAUGAAGGGUGACAUCUUUCAAUCUCCUCCUUCAAAUCUAAAACCUAAUCCCUUCCAAGCAAGGCCCUCGACCCUAAAACCUGACAUAUUCCAGAUUACACCUUGUAAUCAGAAUUCGGACUCUUUCCAGGCCACAUGUUUGGACCCUGAACCAAAUGUCUUUUUGCCAUCACCCUCAAAUCUGAAACCAGAUAUCUUCCAAUCAACACCUUCUAACCUGAAGACUGACAUUUUUCAAACUCUAUCUUCAGACCUGAAUCCCAACACAUUCCCAUCGACACCCUUGGACUUAAAGCUUGAUGUCAGCCAAGUGAUAGAUUCAAAUCAAAACCCUGAACCCUUUCAGGCUACUUCUUUGGACCCUAAAACGGAUAUCUUCUGGGCAUCACCCUCAAACCUUAAACCUGACAUUUUUCAAGUCACUCCCUCAAAUACGAAGCAAAAUAUCUUUCAACCCUCAACUUCCAACCCAAUGGCAGACCUAUUCCAAGCCUCGCUUUCAGAUUUGAAAACCAAUACUACCCAAGCCACAACCUUGAGCACAAAACUUGAUAUCAUUCAGGCCACAUUUUCGAAUCAGAAUGCUGUCCCUCUCCUGGCUCCUACUUUGGACCCUAAAAGAGAUAUAUGCUCAGCAAAACCCUCAGAUCUGAAACCAGAAAUCUUUCAAGCUAUAUCCUCAGAUCUGAAAGAAGAUAUCUUCCAGCCUAUGCCAUCUGACCUGAAAUCUGACACCCUUAAAGACAAUGCACUAGACAUGAAAUCUGAUGUUAGAUCAUCUGAUAAGAAAUACAAUCCAUUCGAGACCACACAGAAUGAUCUGAAACAAGACCUUUUCAAGGCCAGACCUUCUGAUCUGGAAGAUGUCUUUAGAUCCCCCUCCCCAGACCUGAAAAAGGGCAUCUUCCAGGACUCUCCAAUCUAUGCAAAACAGAAUGGUCACACCAGCAGCACACAACAUGCAUUUUCUCCUCUGCCUCACCAGGACAGUAAAGCCAAAGCUAUUGAGGAAGAUGAUUACCCAGUCUUUGAAAACAUUCUUCUUAUUGGACAGGAAAAAUGUGUUGAAGACUGGCCAGAAGAUAGCCCAGUGCUUAAUCCUGACUGGAAACCACCUGGCAGAUAUAGGCUUCGAAGAGAGUCCUUAAGGGUUACCAUGGAAAAGGAGAAUGGCAAGGAGGAUUUUGCGGACAAUGGUCAUGAGAAGGAUGGCAAGAUGAAAAAAGGAAGAAGAUUCAGUGUGACUCUUGGCUACAGAAGAGGUUCGAAGAGUAAAUAUGAGAAUCCCAACUCAGAACGCAGGAAGUCCCAGGAAAAUUUUCUGGAUGAUAACGGAGACAUUAAUACAAGUUGCAGAGGUUCCAAGGAGAAUUUUCUGGAUGAAAUAAAAUAUGGAGGUGUGAACACAAGCCGGAGAGCGUCCAAGGAGAAUUAUCUGGAUGAUAAUGGAGACAUUAAUACAAGUCGCAGAGGCUCCAAGGAGAAUUAUCUGGAUGAAAUAAAGUAUGGAGCUCUGAGUACAAGUCGGAGAGCUUCCAAGGAGAAUUAUCUGGAUGAUAAUGGAGACAUUAAUACAAGUCGUAGAGGCUCCAAGGAGAAUUAUCUGGAUGAAAUAAAGUAUGGAGGUCUGAGUACAAGUCGGAGAGCUUCCAAGGAGAAUUAUCUGGAUGAUAAUGGAGACAUUACUACAAGUCGUAGAGGCUCCAAGGAGAAUUAUCUGGAUGAAAUAAAGUAUGGAGGUCUUAGUACAAGUCGGAGAGCUUCUAAGGAGAAUUAUCUGGAUGAAAUAAAGUAUGGAGGUCAUAGUACAAGUCGGCGAGGUUCCAAGGAGAAUUAUCUGGAUGAUGGAGACAUUCACUCAAGCCGCAGAGGUUCCAAGGAAAAUUAUCUGGAUGAGGCAACAUGUGGCAGUCUUAAUAAACCACGCCGAGAUUCCAAGUUUCUUGAAGAAUACUCAGAGACAAAGCCAGAAUUCUUGAGGGAGGGAGCUGGAGAAGGUGAAGAGAACAACAUCACACAACACAAGAAAGGAAAAAAGAUCAAAAUUCCUUUCUUGCAACCCAGAGGCUCCAAGGAAAAUAUUUUGGAUGUAACAAAAUGUGAUGAUCUCAGUGGGACACGCAGAGAUUCGAAGAGUAUACCAGAGCCAGAGGAGAAUCUACCUGGAGCCACUUGUGCUGACUACCAUCUGUCAGAAGCAGCAGAGGCUGAGUGGCUCUCUGCCCAGGAGGACAUGAUGCGCUGUAAGCACCCAGAAGCCGAGGAGAUCCAGGAGAAAGAAGCGGACACCGAUAGUCUGAUGGAUUGGUGGAACUCAGUGGAACUAUGGGAUGAGUUCCCCUCCGAUGUGAAAGAAGAUCUGACUGAGGAAGAGGAGGCUAAAAUACUUGUGAUGCUUGCAGAAAAGGUGCAGAAGGGGAUUCGUGUCUUUAACAAGGUGUUCAUUGAGCGUGCAGAAGGCCUUUGGAAACACAUCAUCACCCUUGGUGCUAUUGCUGACAACACCUGCAGUGUCCACAAAAAGGCCAGAAUUGCCAAUAUCACAGGUGGCACCACCACCGCCGUGGGAGGGGUGGCUGCUAUCACUGGCCUGGCGCUCGUCCCCAUCACCUUUGGAGCUUCCCUGAUCGUCACUGCUGUAGGGGUGGGUGUGGCUGCAGCGGGAGGGCUGGCCUCAGCCUCUGCAGCCAUCUCCGACAAUGUCAAUAACUCCAUGGACCGCAAGAAGGUGGAACAUGUGGUGGAGGACUAUGAGGCCAAGAUGGCCGAUGUUAGCAAGUGCCUGAAGUUCAUCAGUGACGGGCUGGAGAAGAUGCGGAUCCGCAGCGAGAAGAGGAGCACGUGGAUCUUCCACCCAGACUGGGAAACACGACGAGCAGUUCAGAUAGCCAGUCUAGGAGAGGGGGAAGUGGCGCAGGCAGUCCGCGUGGUCAACAUGAUCUAUGGACAACUCGGAAGCCUUUUCCAGGGCAUGAAAAGCUUCUACGGAGUGCAUGACGCACGUGAGAUCAAGAAGGGUGCCAAGAAGGAGUUUGCUGCUAAAGUGCGGGAUGUAGCACAGCAUCUUCAGGAUGGGCUCAUGGAACUUUACGAGAUUCGAGAGCAGCUCCAGGAUGCUGUUGGCUAUAUCUGAAGUCAUCACCAGAGUCCUUUUAUGCUUGCUCAAUAAAAUUUAUUGUCCUGUAAUUUUUCAGCAAGUAAACAUCGUUCCACUUUUGUUCUUUGGUCUUCCGUUAUUGGCUCUUCUGUGGCCCUCAGUAGCUGCAGUUAGGUAACUGUAAUAAGAGAUAGAAAUAUUAUAGUACAGUUACAUAUAUAUGUUUUUAUUUUAAUUAAAUCAAACAGUUGAUAUAAAAUCUUGACUAGACAAGAGUACUACUCACCAUCUUC